AUGCGUGAGGAGUGCCCAUGUAUGUCACCUGCAGGUGUUCACAUCUCUCGUGAUCACUUUUUGUACUGCCGUGCUCUUGAUCCUGACUUAAUCGAUGCCUUGCCGCCUGCUCCUCCUGGUGUGCACCGUAUUGAUCAUGCUCUUAAUUGCCUGCCAACCACUGCCUCUGCUGGUCCUCCUGCUUACUGGUCUGCUCUACUGAACCUACUGUAUGCUAUCGAUUGCCUUGUGCAUCCUCUGGCUGUCAUUGCUCCGGAUCCAGAUCCAGCGUCUCUUUGGUACUCUCGUACUGGUUGA